AUGUGGUCACUUAAGACUAAUUGUUUAGUAUUAAUAAUAAUUGUGUUUUCUAUCACUAAAUACAAUGUAAACUCAGAAGAUAUCGGAAAACCAUUGUUAUUGACACCGCUUAUAGAGUCGGGUCGUAUCCGAGCCGCACAACAGGCAAGUCUAGUGACCGGUUUGCCCGACGCACCAAAUAUUACCAGUUAUUCGGGAUAUUUGACGGUUAAUAAAAAGUUUAAAAGCAAUAUGUUUUUCUGGUAUUUUCCGGCACUGAAUAAAGACAAAAAGGCCCCACUAUUACUUUGGCUUCAGGGAGGACCGGGAGGUUCAUCAUUGCUUGGUUUAUUUAUUGAAAACGGUCCGCUAGUUUUAGAUAAACAUCUAAAAGCUAGUCUAAGACAAUAUACGUGGGCUCAAGAGUUUUCAAUGCUAUUUAUUGAUAAUCCUAUUGGUGCUGGAUUUAGUUAUACACAAAAUGAUCUUGGUUACGCCAAAAACCAGUCCGAUGUGGCCAACAAUCUGUAUACAGCUUUACAACAGUUUUUCAUAUUAUUUCCAAAUGAAAGACUAAAUGAUUUCUAUAUAACGGGUGAGUCAUAUGCGGGUAAAUUUGUGCCGGCAUUGGCUUAUAAAAUACAUACGGAAGGAAAGGCAUCCAAUAUUAACCUCAAAGGCAUAGUAUUAGGCAACGGUCUAACGGAUCCAAUAACACAGUUUGUAUUUGGGGAACAACUGUUUCAAUUGGGACUUAUUGAUGAAAAUCAGAAAAAUGUUUUUCUCGAUAAAGAACAUAAACUACAGAAUCUGAUUAAAAACAAACAAUAUAUCGAGGCUUUCAAUAUAAUUGAUUGGAUUUUCAAUAAAGAUAUACUAGAUUUUGGCGGAUAUCCUAAUUCUACCAGUUAUUUGAAAAAUAUAACCGGUUUAACCUAUUAUUACAAUUAUUUACUGGACACACAACCCGACGAUAUGACCUAUUAUUCAAAAUAUCUAGACAUACCAGCGACCAGACAGGCCAUACAUGUGGGUAAUGUGCAGUUCGGUAGUUCAUUGAUAAAAGUCAGAACUUCACUAAAAAAUGAUUACAUCCAAUCUGUAAAGCCAUUGAUGCCAACACUGUUAGAUAAUUACAAAGUUUUACUAUAUACGGGCAAUCUGGACAUCAUUGUGUCGGCACCGGCCACCGAAAACUAUAUCCAAACCAUACAAUGGUCUAAAACCCAACAGUACAGUAGAGCACAGAGAGUUAUCUGGAAAGUUGACAAUCAAAUAGUCGGUUAUGUUAAACAAGUGGAUCGUUUUGUUCAGGCAGUUGUCCGAAAUGUCGGUCAUUUGGUACCCCAUGAGGCGCCCAAAGCGGCACAUAAUUUGAUUACUAGAUUUGUCAGAGAUAUCUCUUUUUCAAAAUAA